AUGUCGAGCUCCACGCUCAAGCCAGUAGACUCGCCAGUCUCUUCAGCCCUUCCGGGCGACUCGUUCCAGCUAUUGCCGGAGGCAUCGAAGGCUGGCCAGGCGGAGGAUGCGCUCUUCGAAGAGCAGGUCCAGAAGGUGAAGGACUGGUGGGCGUCGCCGCGGUACAAGGGGAUCAAGAGGCCAUAUUCGGCAGAAGAUGUCGUGAGCAAGAGGGGCGCGUUGCAACAAACAUACCCUAGCUCGCUGAUGGCGCGGAAGCUCUUCAACUUGUUCGAAGAGCGGGCGGCGAACGGCGAGCCUGUGCAUACAAUGGGCGCCAUUGACCCUGUGCAAAUGACGCAACAAGCGCCAAACCAAGAAGUUCUAUACAUUUCUGGCUGGGCGUGCUCCUCCGUGUUGACCACCACACAUGAGGUGUCUGCUGAUUUCGGAGACUACCCAUAUAACACCGUCCCAAACCAGGUGCAGCGACUGUUCAAGGCGCAACAGCUUCAUGACCGCAAGAACUGGGACAACAGGAGGAAAAUGACCCCAGAAGAGAGGGCCAAGACCCCCUACCUCGACUACAUGCGCCCUAUAAUCGCAGACGGAGAUACUGGCCACGGCGGUCUGUCAGCGGUUAUCAAGCUCGCCAAGCUCUUUGCAGAGAACGGAGCUGCCGCUGUUCACUUCGAAGACCAGCUUCAUGGCGGCAAGAAAUGCGGCCAUUUGGCUGGGAAAGUGCUCGUACCUGUUGGUGAACACAUCAACCGUCUCGUAGCUGCACGCUUCCAGUGGGAUAUGAUGGGUUGUGAGAAUCUGGUCAUUGCGCGUACAGAUUCCGAGAGCGGCAAGCUGAUCUCGAGUGCCGUGGAUGUACGCGACCAUGAGUUCAUCAAGGGUGUGACAGAAGAGACCGAGCCGCUCUCGGAGACGCUGCAGAACAUGGAGGCAGCAGGUGCGCCCGGAAGCGAGAUCGAUGCGUACGAAGCCGCUUGGGUGAAGAAGCACAAGCUUGUCACCUUCGAUGAAGCCGUACAGCAACACCUCGGGAAGGAAGGCUCCUCUAUCGAUGGCUACCUCAACGAAAUCAAGGCAAACCCUGAUCUAUCGCUCCUCAAGCGUCGCGAGGUCGCAGCGAAACACACUAAGUCGCCCGUGUACUUCAAUUGGGACAUUCCACGAACGCGUGAAGGCCACUACCAUUACAAGGCAGGCAUGGCCGCGGCGACCAAACGUGCGAAGGAAUUCGCACCCUACGCCGAUCUUCUAUGGGUUGAGACUGCGGGCCCCAACGUCGAGGAAGCCGGCAAGUUUGCUGGCGAGAUCAGGGAAAAAUAUCCGGGCAAGAAGUUCGUCUACAAUUUAUCACCAAGCUUCAACUGGCUAGGCCAAGGCUUCACAGAAGAAUCUCUGAAGAGCUUCGUAUGGGAUCUCGCGAAGCACGGAUUCGUCCUCCAACUCAUCUCUCUGGCCGGUCUGCACUCGACCGCAACAAUCACCUGCGAAUUAUCCCGUGCGUUCAAGGACCAAGGCAUGCUCGCUUACGUCAACCUCGUCCAAGCCCGAGAGAAGGAGGUCGGUUGUGAUGUGCUCACGCACCAGAAGUGGAGCGGAGCGGGCUACAUCGAUGGUAUAUUGGGCUCGAUACAAAGCGGGAGCAGUGGGAGUAGGAGUAUGGGCGAGGGAAACACGGAAGCUGGCUUCUAA